AUGCGUGCGCUGUUUGGCGGUUUUGUCUUUGUUGUUGGUAACGAUGUGCCGCAAGAGGUGCUUUCUCUAGUCGUUGCUUGUGGGGGUCGAGUGUGCAGGGAACUCACAGCUGCCACUACGCAUGGCUUAGUUGUUGGACCUGAGUGCGGGGAUUCUAUUGAUGUUGAACAAUUACGCGGCCUGCGGAUUCCAAUACUUCGAACUCAUUGGAUACGUGCGUGUGUAGCUGCUUUACGUAUUUUGCCGAUGAAAGGGGCAGCUGCUGCGUUCGACCCUUUUCUUUUUGAUUCUUUAUUGUUUACAACUACGAUGAUGCGAUGUGACCUGAAGGAUCGUGUUGCUGCUCUUAUUAUUUUUUUGGGAGGUUCCUAUUCUCCUCAUCUUACCAUCAGCACUGAUGUAGUGCUGGUUGGAGAUGAUGCGGUGGAGUCAAUUAGUGGGAGUGAUUGCGUUGUUGACGUUUCGCUUGUUGAUAAGUCGCAUCGUGGUCCCGCGAAACCUUUGGGUGCUGCAAAUGCGGGCGUUAAGCGUGGUGUGCGUAGCUCAAAGUUAAAGCUGGCCGCAAGUCGCUCAAUUCCAUGUGUGAAUUUGGUUUGGUUACAAAAGUGUAUUUCCACUGGACAGGUGCAUCUUCCCGUGACUGGGGGGUUGUGA